AUGAUAGUAAUAAUGAUGAUGAUGAUGGUGAUGAUGAUGGUAAUGGUGAUGGUAAUAAUAGUGAUGAUGACCGAUGAUGAUGAUGACGGCGAUGAUGAUGAAAAUGAUGACGAUGAUGAUGAUAAUGGUGAUAAUUUAUUACUGCUAAAUGAUAAUGGUGAUAAUUUAUUACUGCUAAAAGAUGCUUAUGAUGAUAACAAUGAUGGUGAUUGUUGA